UUUACCAAAAGCUCAACCCCUCUCUCAUUCUCGAUCCCAUCGGAGAUCAGAUUAAGAUGGCGGAGGCGGCAGUGUCAUUCUUGCUGCAGCAGCUGGAGGAGGUGGCUUUCGGAUACGCAGAUGCCGGAGCGGAGAGAGAGUUUGAUCAGCUGAAACACGACCUCGAUUUCAUCAAGGCCUUUCUCAGGGACAUAGCGAAGAAGAAGAAGAUGAAUCAGGUGCUGAAAUUACUGGAGAGGCGGAUUAUGGAUGUGGUGUACGAGGUGGAGGAAACCAUCGACACUUGCUUGACCAAAGCGAUGGAAUUCAAGGCCACGAACUUCAUACGACGCCGUAUUAAGCGUAUCAGCAUAGCCAACGCGGUCAAGGCCGUUAGGGAACAAAAAGUGUUGCCAUUGUAUGAGGAUAUCAGAAAUUCUGCUAACGCGAUGAUUAUUGCCGAUGGAGCCAUGGGCACCGAGACGUCAGAAACGGAUACACCAAUCGGACUUGUUUGUAACAUUCAACAGGAUACACCAAUCGGACAAAACAGAGUAAUAGGAUUUGAUGAUGACGAAGACAAAAUAACUGCCUAUCUCAGUGAAACUAGAGAAAGGCUUGGCGUUAUCGCCAUCGUGGGCAUACCUGGCCAGGGGAAGACAACAUUGGCAUGGAAUAUUUAUCAAAGCAAUUCUAUCUGUUUUGCGUUUCCCAAUCGCAUUUGGGUACACAUGCCCCGGGAGUUCAACGAAAGGGACGUUUUCCUCCAAAUCCUCAAGAAAUUCAUGCCCAGUAAAGCCAUCUCGAGUCUCAAUUUUGACGAGCUGGCUAACACAGUCUGCAAGUGUCUAGAGAAAGAGAAGUUCUUGUUAGUCUUGGAUGAUGUAUGGAGUGUUGCUGCAUGGGAAAAGAUCGAGGCAAUACUGCCAUUAGACAAGGGGUUUGGUAAAGUCCUCAUCACCACCCAAGAGAAAAACAUUGGAGAACGAUGUAUAAAGGGAGCUAAUGGAACUCUCCACAAUCUCAGGUUCCUAUCUAUUGAUAAAAGUUGGGAGCUACUCCAGUAUGAGGUGUUUGGAGAUUUGAAUUCAUGUCCGAAAAAUUUGGAGGGCUUUGUGAGAGAAAUAGCCAGCAAGUGUGAUGGAGUGCCACUGAUGAUAACUGUGAUCGGACGUGUGCUUAAGGACCAGCUCAUGAAAUCCCGAUUGAAUCUUGCGCAUGAGUUGAAGACGAUGUCUCAAAGUGUGAGCGAAGCUUUACAAAACAGGGUGACACGCAUAGCAGAAGUUGUGGGGUUGAGCUACCACAGAUUGCCCAAUGACUUGAGAGGGUGCUUUAUUUUCUUAGGUGUAUUUCCUGAAGAUUACGAGAUUCCAGCUAAGAUGUUGUGUGAGUUAUGGAUUUCUGAAGGAUUUGUAUUGCCCAGACAGGGAAGAAGUAUUGAGGAAAGUGCGGAGGAGAAUAUGAAUGAUCUCAUCAGGAGGAACUUGCUUGAAGAUGUGAAAACUAAUCACAUGGGCAAAGUUAAAGCAUGCCGUGUUAAUGCUAUGAUACGUGCAUUUUGCAUAUCCAUAAUUAAGGAAGAGAAUUUAUGUGAGGAGGUUAGACAAUCAUUAGAGACCGGGGAACUUGAAACUUCAGGUUCUCAGCUACAAAAGUCUCAUCGUCUUUGUUUCCGCUCGGAUCCCUCUAACUUCUUAUCUAAAAGUCCACCUGGUCCCCAUGUUCGUUCGCUUUUGUGUUUUAACGAGAGGCCUGCCAAGCUGAAGUCAGAGUUUCUAGCAGUUAUACCAGAGCGCUUCAAAAAGCUUAGGGUUUUGGAGUCCAAGUGCAUCGAGUUGGAGCAAUUUCCAUGGAAGAUUGUCAAGCUAGUCCACCUCAGGUACCUAACCUUAUACAUUGAAACUCUCGAAACUCUUCCAGAGCCAUUCACCCAGCUAUGGAACCUACAAUCUCUUGUCAUUAAGACCAAGUCUCGUUCCAUUAUAAUGAAAGCAAAUUUGUGGAGAAUGAUGCGACUGAGGUAUCUCAACACGAGAGCAGCUAUUCUCCUAGAAAGUACUAAAUCAGAUGGCGAAGCAGGGCAUAACCUUCAUACAUUGAACAGAUUGGCACCUGAAUCUUGCACUGAUGCCAUCUGCACAAAGGCUGUAAACCUCAAUACCUUGGGGAUUUAUGGGAAACUGGCCUCCAUUUUUCAAAAGAAAUUCCUAGAGAAAUUGCACCAUCUUGAAAAUCUGAAGCUUUAUGAACAGCCAUCUGAAGAUAUGUUGCCUGGUCUACCCCUACGGAAUUGUUUCCCGCCAACACUCAAGAGGCUGACACUAAUGAAUACAUCCCUAGAAUGGACGCAUAUGUCCACGUUGGCAAUGAUCAAGACCCUUGAGGUCCUCAAGUUGAAGGAAAACGCUUUCGUUGGACCCUACUGGGCGGUCACAGACUAUAGCUUUUCUAAUCUCUAUUUUUUACUGAUUGCUAACGCGGAUUUAGUUAUCUGGGAGGUCUCAUAUGAAUCUUUCCCUGAACUUUCGUUUCUUGUGCUUAAGAAGUGUGAAAACCUCGUUGAAAUCCCAGAGGCUCUCGCGAAAACCCUUGAGAAACUGGAAGUGGAGCGUCUUCAAGAAUCAGCAGUUGCAUCCGUAAGGAAAAUUAUUGAAGAAAAGAAGUACCAUUUCGAGAAGAGGUCGCUUCAACUUCACGAUUGGGAAAGCCCAAUAUCAGACACCAGAAUUGGGCAGGCGGCGGUUCCUGUACCAGUUCAUAAUCGACAGAAACUGGAAGUGGAGCGUCUUCAAGAAUCAGCAGUUGCAUCCGCAAGGAAAAUUACUGAAGAAAAGAAGUACCAUGUCCAGAAGAGGCCGCUUCCAGUUCACGAUUGGGAAAGCCCAAUAUCAGACCCCAUAUUUGGGCAGUGGAAAAGACUGAUGUAGAUUUCACUCCAAGGUCAGGUCAAGACCUCUCGUUAUGCAGCGUUGCCGUUGGAGGCUUUAUAAAUAAUAUGUGUGCUUUUUGUGGAGAUCAGUAAUAUUAAGAACCUCAUCAUGUAGUAAUUUGUUUGUGAACAAGAACCUUAUGUAUUUCUUUUUGUUUCUCUUUCA